CCGAGAAUCUCCAGCGUAGCUCAACUUCUCUUCGCAUUAAAAGGUGGAAACGUAAUGACUGUGGCUCCCACCGUCGUCUGCCUCUGCAGCUCAUGCGUUGCGGAUCUUUAAUGUCGAUUCUCAGAUGGUUGGAUAUAAAGACCUAAUGGCGUUUCCUUCGUACACCUGCAGCAUUGGGAAGUUGAUUGAAAUUCCACUCAUCGCCGCGGACGACUAGGUAGUCAGCCAACACCAGAGGGGAAGUACAAUCAUUUUUUUUCCACACCUAUUUUGGAUCUGUUUUGUUUUUGUUUUUUGUUUCUUUGUUUUGUUUUUUUUUCCUCACACAGCGGCACGAGCGGUCACUUAACUCAGAUGACCGGGAAAGGAUAAAUACAAAUAUGUUUACAUCCCACACAUUUCUGGAUAUUUCUUCGCUCAAGUCGUCUUCAGAACAUCGAGGCAGGAUCAUGACGAGAGAUCCUUUCUAGGUGCUUUUUUUCUUCCUUUAUUAAAUCAGGAUGGAUUAUUUCUUCUAUUUGGAGUAAGUGGUUUUCUUUCUUUUGAUUGGGAUUGGGACCCCCCCCCCCUCCGUUCAGCAUCACAGAGGCGCUCGGAGCUCGUUUUGCCUCGAUUCCAACAAAGUGGAACCAGACGCUUCAACACGGACUGCCACAGCGAAGGAUGGGCCCUCUCUUCCCUGCUGCCUGCAUCGUACUGCUGGCUGUGAACACCGCUGUGUCGCAGGCCGAGGACUACGCUGCGGACGAGGCCGAGGCUGACCGGGCAGCCAGCAACGACGUGCUCUUUGAUGACUACAGGGGCAAGGGCUGCGUGGACGACAGCGGCUUCGUCUACAAGCUUGGCGAGCGCUUCUUCCCAGGCCACUCAAACUGCCCGUGUGUGUGCACGGAGGACGGGCCAGUGUGCGAACAGCCCGAGUGCCCCAAAAUACACCCUAAGUGCACCAAGGUGGAGCACAAUGGCUGCUGCCCAGAGUGCAAGGAGGUUAAGAACUUUUGCGAGUACAGAGGGAAGACGUAUAAAAUCCUGGAGGAGUUCAAGGGUUCCCCAGCAGCCGAGGAAGGGAGCCACUCUACCGCCGCGGCCCUAGCCCCCGCCCCUGCCCAGCUGCAAGCAAGCACCAGGAGCUAUAGGCCCUCUCCCUGUGAGUGGUGUCGCUGUGAACCCAACAGCGAGGUGCACUGUGUGGUGGCUGACUGUGCAGUCCCAGAGUGCGUCAACCCGGUGUACGAGCCAGAGCAGUGCUGCCCCAUAUGUAAAAACGGUCCAAAUUGUUACGCCGGAACGACGAUCAUUCCAGCCGGCAUUGAAGUGAAGGUGGACGACUGCACCAUCUGCCGCUGCCACAACGGAGACUGGUGGAAGCCUGCACAGUGCCUGCGGCGGGAGUGCCUCAACGGCCAGACGUCAUCAUAGAAACCCCCUCUGGAAUGGAGAGGAGGUGCAUGCGAGCGACGGCGCCGUCCACCACCCGGGUGACCCAUCUUGGGACUGGCAGGAGCACAAUAUGUUUGGCAAACUGAGGCUGCUGAGAAACACUGAGAAACACAAACACACUUUAAACCCUGGCAGUGUCGGAGGGAACGUCUGAAGGCACUGUUUGUUUCUAUAGUGGUUUCAUCCUAGUUUUACUUCUUGCUUAUGCUGCUCAAACACAAAAGUUUCUAGACUUCGCGACUCAGUGAGAGCUGCUGAUAAGCUGUUUGUUGAAGGCCGCAUCAUCUAUUUAUUGCUGCUGGUUUACGGACACGUUCAAAACGAUGGAAGCUCCUCAGUUAGGAUUAGCUCACGCUAUUGCACCCAGUCGAUAGCUACAAGAAGGGAUGCUUUUUUUUUUCCUUCAGCCUCAGUUGAAGAGCUUUGGUGGGCUCCUUACAGCGACAGUAGGCCUGCUGCCUAGCACAGUACAGCUCAUAUAGAGCAACAUCAUCUCCAAAUAUGAAUACAGCUCUACUCUGACGCUCCUGCAUUUGUUAUCCUGGAUUUCAUUUAUAUUUAGUGGUGUAUUUUUUCCCUCUUUGGUGCUGGAGUUUGUUGGAGCACUAUAAUGAUGAUAAAGGCUUUAAUCAAGAAUAAUGGAAUUGGUAUUAAGCUUCUUUAUUAAGUACUGUUGAUUUAGAUUUUGUCAUUUGAUAGAGGCCAGGUCAAAAGUUCAAGGGAAAUAGGUGGAAGGCCUUCUUAAGGCAAAAAGACCGAUAUAGGGCUGGCCUGAACAGCUUUGAAUACUUGUUGAUAUUUACAAAUACCUGAGAGCAUUUCUCAAAAAUCACCCUUAAAAGAGAGAGAAAGAGAGAGAAAGAGAGAGAAAGAGAGAGAGAGA